CACGGACAAUUUAAUUUCGCUCACUCUCUCUUCACAUACACUAUCAAAAUGGCUUCCCAGCCGCGACGAGGCGGAGUCUCUCUCCCGGACCGGCGGGCCCCGAAGAACACCAACCAGGAUGGUAUAAUCACCAAGCUCAUCAAUGCUCCCAUCGUCUCUCGCGGCAAGCAAGCAGCAUGCGACGCCGUUUAUGUCUCCAAGAAGCUUCUCCGCAGCACGGGAAAGGCAGCGUGGAUCGCCGGCACCACGUUCCUCAUUCUGGUGGUCCCAUUGAUUAUCGAGAUGGAUCGCGAGCAGCAGCUCAACGAACUGGAGCUCCAGCAGGCCAGCCUUCUCGGAGCCCCACCCGUCAAUCCGACACUCUCGGUUCCGAGGUAGAAUUGAAUUGCUAUUAUUCCAUUGUAUUACUGGAGAGAGAUUUGAAUUACUUUGUCGACGAAGUUUUUUUUUUUCUUCUUUUUAGCUAUAAUAGAGUUUUAAGCGUACCUUAAGAUUUGAGCUAAUCAAGCCAUUAUUAUGGUAAACUUCAUUUGCGUGAUUCUAUGGUUUGCUUUAAAACUUUUUUUUGGGUCUA